AUGGAGGUCGCUCCCUGGGCACUCGAGAGAGAUCGGGUGGCCGCACGGCGCCAUCAUCAGGUUUGCUAUGACGAGUGGAUUCAGUGCGAGCUGUGCGGGAAGUGGAGGCGCUGUCCAGCGGGGACGGCGGAGGUCUUCAGCUCGACGCCGUUCUCCUGCGAGAGGAGUUUCUGGGAGCCGGCGCAGCGCCGCGCCUGCGAGACCCGCGAGGAAGAGUGGAGAGGCCGAGUCCUCACGCUCCACGACAGCGGCGGCGAAGAGCGACGCUGGAAUUACUUCAGACGUCCCAAGCCCGAAAAGGCUGCGGAGGGAAGCGGAGCGUCUUUGCUGCAGGCGUCUCCUUCGUUUCGCCUCCCUUCGGCGCCGGCGGCGUUCCGGUCGACGCCUGUUUUUCCUCGCGAGCCACAGCCCGCAGAGGCUGAGGAGGCGCGCAGCUCUCGUCCCCGCGACGCACUCGCGCCGCUCGGCCGCGGGAGUUGUCCGGACCCGCCCCUGCCUGGGGACCUGCCGCGGCUCUCGCCGGGGAGGAGGCUCCAGCGAGGGCUGAAUCGAGAGACGGAGGCACUCGCGGCCUUCCUGCAGGAAAAGAAGAAGGAGCACUCCGAUUUUCUGUCGGGUGUGCACUCAGCCGCGACGCAGGACUUCUUCCGGUCGUUUUUGAACAAGUGUGACCCGCGCGAGGUCGAGCGCGGCGCCGAGGCCAGCCGCGGCGGCGCGCGGUGGAGCGGCAGCGCCUCUUUCGCGAAAGCCGCGGCGGCGGCGGUGCUUUCGCCGCGCGUAAGUCCCGCUCCUGCUGGUCAGGCCGCGCGCUUCUCCGCGCUCGCGAGUUGCCGCCGGAUUCUCCAGCUGAGUGAAGAAGAUGCGGGCGAGGGGCCUGCGCGACGCAGCGCCGAGGCGAUUCCCUCGUGGAGCCCCUCCCCGCUCGACGUGCUGGCCUUCCUCGGCGCGAACGAGGCGAGCGACGACGCGGACACGCGCAGUGCCGCCGGUCGCCCGCGCGGCAGAGGCGCGCGAUACGCCCUCGAUGAGCUACUCGAAGAGCAAGCCUGCCACGAGCUGUGGGAGCACGCGCGGCGCGUGUGGGGCCUGCGGACGGGCGCCAGCGACGCCGACCGGAGACGCGGAGACCCGCUCGGCGAGAUCCCGAAGGCCCCCGGGGCCGAGAGCACCCCCGCCGCAGCCGCGCGGGCGGCCGCCCUUGGGGUGCGGCUCCGCCCGAAGCAGGAGGCAUGCGCAGAGAACGGGCGCGACGCAGGUGCCUCGUCGCUUUCGCCGCCCCGCGUCCUGGUUGCGUCGUUGAGCACCGAGUCGUCGCUUUCGUCGUCGGGUUCGUGGCUGCGCGGCCUCUCCUCGAGCGCCGCGUCGCCUCCGUCCGUGUCUCACUGCGCCGCUGCAGCCCAGCCCGUGCCUGGAGUCUCCUCGCCGCCAGGCGACGCCGAGAGGCUGUUUCUUCUCAGCCAGCCUCGCGGGGGCAGUGCGGGGGGGUCUGGUGUGCCCUCGCGAGGGACUAGUCCGUGCGAAGCCGCCGACGGCGCCGCGGUCGACGGCGCGGGUUCGCACCCGUCGCUCUCGUCGUCGCCGUCUCUGUUGUCCUCGCCCACGCCGCUGUCGACUUUGCACGCCCGGGGCUGUCUCUCUAGGCGGGGAACGCCUGCGCCGAGUGGAGAGGCCCGAGGGGGGGCCGCGGCCUCUCCGUUGGGCUCUGGGGGCACGAGCGACCGCGCGGGAGGCCUUCACGCCUCCGAGUCUCUGCGUCUGGUCUCUGCGGUUUCGCCGCCGUCGUCGCCGACGUCGAGUCCGUUGGCGCUGCUCGAGGGCUGCCGCGCGGCGCGGGAGAGGACCUCGGAGGUCGGCGCGCUCUCGGCCGCCGGUGCCUCAGUCUCCUCUGCGUGCCCAUCUCCUUCGGCGUUUCCGCAGGCGGCCGCGUCUGCGCCGGCCGCGAUAUCUCCCUUGGCGCCCAAGAUAGAGGCGCUGCUGCGCCUGCGGAUCAUUCAACAGAUGGUGUGGCCUGGAGACAACCCGAACUGCUGCUCCAUCACGUCGCGCUUCAAAGCGUCUAACCACUCGAGCAUGAUUCACGACGUGUACCGCGUCGGAAAGUACCAACGAGCCAUCAACAUCGUCUGCGGCGAGAGGCGGAAGCGGCGAGUCGCCGUCGAACGCAGCCAGGCAGCCGCGACCGGCGACCGCGCCUCGGCGAAGCGAGAGCGGAGAGGAGACGCGGACCGCGGGGCGGGUGGAUUGCACGCCGCCGCGCCACCCGCGGAAAAGGCGCGAGACGAGGAGGAGGAGAAGCGAGAGGACGCGCCGAAAGCGAGGCGCACGGGCCGCCGCCUCGUCGCACUGAAAGACGGCGAGCGAGAAGGCGAGCGCGCCACAGAGGCCAGAAAGCGAAGAAAGGCCCCGGGCGCCGUCGCCGCCGACAGCGGAGGCCUUCGAGAAGAAGCUUUGCGUGAGACAAGCCGCGAGGCCAGCGAAGGCGACGACGCGGAGAGCGACGAAGAAGAGGACGGCCCUGACGUGCUGGAGAUCGGGACGGGACCGUACGCGCUGCUGGCACUGAAUGCGUCGCGCGCAGGCGCUCGGCGCGUCGUCGCCCUGGAGGCCGACCGACAAAGCGCCUCCUCGGCGGCGCACUUCAUCCGCCUGUAUGGCUUCGACAAGGUCGUGACUGUCUUGCACGCGUACAGCAGCGACGUCACCCGCCGGCAACUCGCCGAGCAGUUCGCGGCGCUGCGGCCGAAACAGAAGGCCCCUGAAACCGCUCGAGGAGGCGCAACCGCGGGUAGCGAUCGAGAGUCGGCCUCGCACCCCGGGGCGAGGCGGCGCACGCGGCGGAAAGCAGACGGCCGGAGGAAAACCGCGCUUGGCGGGGCGGGGGCUGGCGCGGAGACUGCGACGGGGGGGCGGAGCCGUUUCUCCGCGCCGACAGGAGGCGAAGACCUGUCGCCCGGGGCGCGCCGAACGGGCUCGGCAGACAGCGAGCCGGCGAGUGAGUCCGCAGACCCGUUUUCGCGCCUGCUGCUGAUUCACGAGAUCAUUGGCGACUUUGCAGGGAACGAGGGCGUCGCGGACGUGGUGCGCCUUUUGCAGCAGGAGUGCGCGCCGCACCGACCGCGGUCGAUUCCGCUUGCUGCGCGCUCGUUCAUCCAUCCCUGCAUGUUCCCUUCUUCGUCCUCGUUUCCCUUCCCCCACUUUCUCCACAAACAGCGCAGCAGAAUCUCGCCUCGCCACAAACUUAUUCAGGCGAUUGGCCUCGAGCAGCACGCGCUUCUCCUCGCGUCUGGCGCCGCGGAAAUCGACGUAGUCUACGGCGCGCCGAACUUGGAGAGGAAGUCCGAGCCUGGUGACGCCGCGACGAAGAGCGAGGCGCCCGAAGACGGAGGCCCGCGUGGAGGCGCCGAGGAGACGCCGCCACGCGCCGAGAGGCAGCGGCGACGCCCAACAGGGAAGGAAGGGAACGACGCGCAGAGGAAGAGCCAAGCUGCCAACUCGGUCCGUUCAGGUCGAACGAAAAAGGAAGAGCGCGAGACCAUGGACACAGACCAGGCAGCGACUAACGGUCAACCCCCCGCGGAGACGCAGGCCGGCGACGCAGUCGAAGCCAAGCCGCAGUCGGCUCUCCUCGCGCCGGUCUUCGAGGACUUGCUGUUUGAAGAGGAGAUGCAGUGCCAAAUGCAGCAGCGCAGAUUUCUUCGCUUCGCAGUCGAGAGAAACGGCGCAAUGGCCGGGCUUGUCGUCACCAACGAAGUCGAACUCGUCAAGGGGCUGUGCGUCGGCACUGCGGAGUGCGUGACCAGCGGACCGGCGCCGCAUGCGUUCCCCGGCGAGUGCCCUUCGGUGUGGUACAAGGCCUUCGUGUUGAUGCCUGACGAAGUUCUCGUGGACGUUGGCGACCAGAUCCUCGUGGACGCCUCGAUCGACCUGCAGAACUACCAGCAGGACCCCGCGCCCGCCGGAGGGGCGCCAGGCCGCGUGGGCGCCGCGGGGAGCAUCCCUUCCCGCUGCUCCCUAGGCCCGCGCAGAGAGACCAGUCACGGUCGCGGGCGGAAGCGGCGUCGGUGCGCCGGCCUGGCAAGACGCCAGGCGAAGGAGGACGCGGAGAGCGAGGAGGGCGACGAGGGCGAGACGGCGGCGCAGGAGGGAGACCCAGCGGAGACGAUCGAAACGGAGGCGGAUGCGGACGAAGCUGCCGCUGAGGCGGCGACGCAGGUCGCGCGGGCCUCGAGGGAGGUGAGGCCAAGCGGUUGGGAGGGUGCCGACGCAGGCGGCGAAGAGAGACCGCAGCGCGGGCGUGGAGGGGAAGGGAGAAUGGGGCGGAACCGCGGGCGCGUGCGAGCGCAGGGAACCACGGGCGGCUUAGACGACGAGGCAAAGGAGAUGCAAAGUAGAAAGACACCGACGGAUGGGCGCUCGCUCAAUCCAAGACGUCGCACGCGUGCGUCGGCCUUCUCUCGUGGUCCGUCUGCUUCAAGCUCGCGACUGUCUUCACCGCGGCGUCCUGCGUCAUCGGCGUCGCCGUCGCGCUCGCCUGCCGCGGCCAGGCGCCAGAGAGAGCGAAGGGGCGGCGACACGAACCCGCAGCGACUGAAGAGCAACGAGGAGGCACGUGAGCCGCCGGAGGCGCCGAAACGGAGGGCGGGGGCGCGGGGCAAGGGAGGAAGGGCGGUACUCCACGAGGCCGCUCCAGAAGGGAAGACAGGAAAAUAUUCCGAGAGCGGGGGGGAGCACAGAAAAGCCGGGGAGAACAGAGCGAUGUCGGUUGAGGAACUCGGGCGAGAAGACCCAGGCGAAGACAAAGCGAGCGAGCGCGACGACGCAGGCGUCAGGACGCGCCGGCAGCGCAGGCGAGGGGCGGCCGGGAGCAGGGGAGGAACGUGGCGAGCCGCAAGCGUCCGCCGCGUGCAGCGGCGGACGCUUGCGGCUCAGGUCGAAAUCGGUGAGGCGAGCGAGGCGCAGCCACUGGGAAGGCGAGGGGGGGCGGCGCUGAAGAGCGGCCGGCCGCAGGGGCGUCACGCCCAGCAGGUGGCGGCCCCAUCCGCGCGAGACAGAGAGACGAGCCGGAAGCGGGACAGGAACACCGGGGGCAACGGUGAAGGCGAUGAAAGCGAGGAGGAGGCGGCGCCGGGUUCCUCCUCUGAGGACAACUCCCGAGACAGAUCCCCGGUGAUUGACCGGCGGAUAACGCGCGCGUGUGCGCGCCGAGAGGGUCGCACCGCAGAGGACCGAGUUCACGCAACAGGCGCAUCUGGGGAAGCAGCGAACCCAGACGAAGGGCAGGAGGAGGAGGCGGCGGGAGACGAGAAGUCUCGAGACGGUGAGGAGACGCCUUCGCCGACGGAAUCGAGGCGGAGAACGAAAGGGCGCAUGUCGGCGCAUCAGAAAGAAGGCCCUGGAGGCCCGCGGGCCUCGGUGGCUUCCACAGGGAAACCCGCACACCCCUACUCUCGCCCGUGCUACAAAUUCGAUAUUUCCAUCUUUCGGCGACGCGACUUCCCCGAGGUCUCUUCCGCUGCGUUCGCGGCGCUGUCCUGCGGAGGGCUGCGGGCGCUGAAGCCGUUCUACUUUGCGUCCGUUGACGUGCCCUUCGAGGAGCAGGUUCCGCACGCGCCUCCCUCUGAGAAGACCAAGACGAAGCCCAGACGUUCGCAGGAGCCCGACGAUGCGGCCGGCGCGCUGGUUUGA